CAUUAUCUUGUGGUACGUCGAUGGGUUAGCUUGUACCGCAGAUUUGCUACUUCUUAUUAGCAAUAAGCUGCAUCUACGUGUGAGCUGGGAGUUUACAGGCUGUGGAGGUCAUGGCCUAGGGGACGUCCCUAACAUGGCCCUGGCUUCCCUCUCUGCGUUGUCCUUUGGACGCCAUCUGCCAACAACCAUGCUACUCCAAGUGCCCAAACAAAAUUAGUUGGCCUGCCCUGCCCUGCCCUGCCCUUGUUUUGGCACAAGACGACCCCAACUCGAAGAAACACAAACGUGCAGACUGGACGGCCAGAGGAGAAGCUUCCAUUCCGUGUCCCCAUCGUCGUGCUCUGCAUCCAUACGUGUCCAGUCAAUCAGUCAUCGUUUACUUGGGUCGGUCUUCUAUGAUUUGCAGCACAUAGCAGUUUGGUGACUGUGGAGGGGAUGAUCGAGGAAGUGUCCAUCGCUUUCUUGCGCUUUAGCUGAAUUUCCUUUGGCAUGCCAUGGAUGUAGACGCCCCAACGGCCGCCACCUUUUCGACUACUCGCCAAAGUCUCCUGCAUGCUGCUGCUGAUAAUGUCUCUGGUGAGUUUUUAUCUUCCUGAUCCUGACCGGUUUGUGGCUACCUGCCGGUGUCUAGUUACGUACGUGAGCCUAAAAUGACAGUGGUAAGAUCAGUCACACUCCCCGAUGCUGAUCCCCGGCCUCCUCCUAACCUCAAUGCAAUCACCCUCAGUCCCCUCCUACCGGCCGUUGCUGCAGUGCAUAUAUACUCCACGAACAACCAGGCACUGGCCUGAGCUCCUCCCUUUUUUCCCUUCUCCUCGCUCUCGAUCUCUAUCUCGCACUUCAUCGAUCACCACAGCCGAAUUGAAUCAAUCUCGUCCAUCGCGUCAAGGGCACAGAGCUCUAGCUGAAAGAGAUGUCGGUGAAGGACUGCGGCGGGCACAAGGGGCGGUGCGACUGCGAGCGCGAGCGGCUCUACCGUAGGUGCUGCGCCCUGCUCGCCGCUCUCAUCUUUCUCGUCCUCUUCGUUGUGCUCAUCGUCUGGCUGGUGCUCCGCCCGCACAAGCCCAAGUUCUACCUCCAGGACCUCUCCGUGCUCUGCCUCAACGUCACGCCGCCGACGUCCACCUACCUCUUCACCACCAUGCAGGCCACCGUCGCCGGCCAGAACGUCAACGACCGCAUCGGCGUCUACUACGACAAGGUGGACGUGUACGCGCAGUACAAGGACGUGGCCAUCACCGUCCCCACGCGGCUGCCCGUCGAGUACCAGGACCACAGGGACCAGUCCGUCUGGUCCCCCUUCCUGCAGUCCAUGGACAGCGUCCAGCUCCCUCCCGCCCUCGCCGUCGCGCUCGCGCAGGACGAGACCGCCGGCUACGUGCUCAUCGACAUCCGCGUCGACGGGUGGAUACGGUGGAAGGUCGGCACGUGGAUCUCCGGCCACUACCACCUCCGCGUCAACUGCCCCGCGCUGCUCACCGUCAACGAAGGCAAGGGGAGCUACGGCGCCAACACCGGCGGGGCGAACGGCUACUUCCGCUUCCAGCAGGCCGCCGCGUGCUCCGUCGACAUCUAGUGUUCUUCUAUCAAUUCUUCUUUCCCUGCUUCUUUUUCGUGCUAGUCGACCUGUACGUCCUUCUUUUGAACAAAAUGGAUGCAUACAUAGAUGGAUAUUGGAGCUUCGUUAAGUAGCUAGCUAGGCUCCAAGCAUCAAGUGAUCCAAGAAUUGGGUUGGAGUCUUUGAGUGCAAGGGAAAUGAAUUGUUUAUUUAUAAUUCUCUUGGUUUAAUUUAAUUUCCGUUUUUGUGAGGAGAAACUCA